UUUUUCCGGGAGAGACCACGCUUCCCCUCAUGCUCCCAACGGCUCCGCCUUCCCGCCGGAGCCUGACCCUUCCCAGCGUGCCCGGCGAUUCCGGCGUGCUAGGCCCUCCGAGGGCAAGGCCCCAGGGCCUGGCUUAGGGGCGCGAAAGGCAGGCUGGGAAUUGUAGUUCGCGAGCGCGCCAGAGCGGCUGGAGGCUGGAGGGGACAAGAACUCGAUGUCCCAGCGUGCCUCGCGCCUCAGCCCGCGCGCUCGCACUCUCUCGCUCUCGCCUGCCCGCUCCCUUGCUCGCUCGCGCUCUCCUCGCGGAUAGACGGGGCUCUGACCACAGCCUGUGGCUGGAGGGAGGCUGAGGCGGCGGCUCGGGAAGCGCAGGACUGCAGUGCUGGUGGUGGGAAGAUGUCGGGCGAGGACGAGCAGCAGGAGCAAACUAUCGCCGAAGAUCUGGUCGUGACCAAGUAUAAGAUGGGGGGCGACAUUGCCAACCGGGUUCUGCGGUCUUUGGUGGAAGCCUCCAGCUCAGGUGUGUCGGUACUGAGCCUGUGUGAGAAAGGUGAUUCCAUGAUUAUGGAAGAGACAGGGAAAAUUUUCAAGAAAGAAAAGGAAAUGAAAAAAGGUAUUGCCUUUCCCACCAGCAUUUCGGUAAAUAACUGUGUAUGUCACUUCUCCCCUUUGAAGAGUGACCAGGACUAUAUUCUCAAGGAAGGUGACUUAGUAAAAAUUGACCUCGGGGUCCACGUGGAUGGCUUCAUUGCUAAUGUGGCUCACACUUUUGUGGUUGAUGUAGUUCAGGGGACCCAAGUAACAGGGCGAAAAGCAGAUGUCAUUAAGGCAGCUCAUCUUUGUGCUGAAGCUGCCCUGCGCCUGGUCAAACCUGGAAACCAGAACACGCAAGUGACAGAAGCCUGGAAUAAAGUUGCCCAUUCAUUUAAUUGCACACCAAUAGAAGGUAUGCUGUCACACCAAUUGAAGCAGCAUGUCAUCGAUGGAGAGAAAACCAUUAUCCAGAAUCCCACAGACCAGCAGAAGAAGGACCAUGAAAAAGCUGAAUUUGAGGUACAUGAAGUAUAUGCUGUGGAUGUUCUCGUCAGCUCAGGAGAGGGCAAGGCCAAGGAUGCAGGACAAAGAACCACCAUUUACAAACGAGAUCCUUCUAAACAAUAUGGCCUGAAAAUGAAAACAUCACGUGCCUUUUUCAGUGAGGUUGAAAGGCGUUUUGAUGCCAUGCCGUUUACUUUAAGAGCAUUUGAAGAUGAGAAGAAGGCCCGUAUGGGUGUGGUGGAGUGCGCCAAACAUGAACUGUUGCAACCAUUUAAUGUUCUCUAUGAGAAGGAGGGUGAAUUUGUUGCCCAGUUUAAAUUUACAGUUCUGCUCAUGCCCAACGGCCCCAUGAGGAUAACCAGUGGUCCCUUUGAGCCUGAUCUUUACAAGUCCGAGAUGGAGGUCCAAGAUGCAGAGCUCAAGGCCCUCCUCCAGAGUUCUGCAAGCCGGAAAACUCAGAAAAAGAAAAAAAAGAAGGCCUCCAAGACUGCAGAGAACGCCACCAGUGGGGAAACAUUAGAAGAGAAUGAAGCUGGGGACUGAGGUGGGUCCCAUCUCCCCAGCUUGCCGUUCCUGCCUCAUCCCCUUCCCACCACACCCCAGGCUCUGUGAAGUGCAGUUCGUCUUCUCCACCCAGGAUGGCCAGCAGAGCGGGGGUUUCCCUGCCCCCAUCUCAGUCCCCAACCCGAUCCCUUUCCAACAACAACCAGCUCCAACUGACUCUGGUCUUGGGAGGCCAGGCUUCCCAACCACCGAAGACUACUUUAAAUAGAAACGAGAAAUUGAAUAAUAAAAUCAGGAGUCAAAAUCCACCGUCUUCAAGCCCCUCUUUCUAGCCUUUUUCUACGACCCUCUGCUUGGUCAAGGCCCCCAGGACAACAGGGCAGCCACCACUUCUAAAAAGUUUUUUAUACCACUCCACUGUCAGCAUUUUUCCAUCUAUUGGGGCUUACUUCUUUCCUCCCCCCUCACCCCCAGUAUGGUAUCUGGCCUCAAAAUAGAGGGGAGCAAUUCUUCAGUCAGAUCGUUUUUAUCCACAUGUGGCAGAUUCCUUUUCUGACCCAGAUUGGCGGGCCCCUCCCAUUUUUAGGAGUGGAGUCUGCAUUUACAAGGGGUCUCUCAUCUACCAAAUGCAUCCCCAUUUGUGAAUCUUUUUUAGUAAUUUUUGUUCUUCAGGACUUUUUUUUAAUUCCGCAAAGUUGUAAAGAAGUAAUCCAUCUCAACCAUGUCCAUUUCUUUGGAGUCAUUGGGGUUUUUCUUUGUUCCAUCUUACAAAUAUGAGCUGGAAGCUCAACUGUGGUUUUGUUCCCUGUUUGAAAUAUUUUGACUUCCCUCCCUUGAAAGAAAGACCAGGAACCAGAGGAGCAGACUGAUGGAAGAGACAACUCCUGGCUUUCUGAAGCUGUGGACUUGGAUUGGAUGAAUUGCUAGGGGUUUGGAGUGAAAGUUGACGAAUUUCAGUACCUCUGGCAUGCUGUUCCAGGGAACUAGGGCUCCCACUAAUUUAUGAGGUUUUUAAACAUUGAAAAUGACAUGGCAUUAAAAUACAUUUGGAUUUACUCA